AAGAUGUCUGGACGCGGUAAGGGUGGAAAGGGCUUGGGUAAAGGGGGCGCCAAGCGCCACCGCAAAGUCUUGCGUGACAACAUCCAGGGCAUUACCAAGCCCGCUAUCCGGCGUCUGGCCCGGCGCGGAGGUGUCAAGCGCAUCUCCGGCCUUAUCUACGAGGAGACUCGCGGGGUGCUGAAGGUGUUUCUGGAAAAUGUGAUCCGGGACGCCGUCACCUACACUGAGCACGCCAAGCGCAAGACUGUCACGGCGAUGGACGUGGUCUACGCGCUCAAGCGCCAGGGACGCACCCUCUACGGCUUCGGCGGCUAAACGCUGGUCGUCUCGCUUCAGCAAAACCAAAGGCCCUUCUUAGGGCCACCU